CCUGUUGCUGUGACUGGGCACACUGGUACGUGAGUCUGCCAGCCACUCCCUCGGACGAACGUCAGAUGUAAAGAGAAGAAGAGGAGAAAAGGGAAGAAAACUGAAAGUCAACAGCGGUGAUUAAUUUACUAAGAGUAAAACUGUAUCUUCUAGUUAAGUUAUUAGUUAUUUGCCCUAAAUUCCACAGCGAUUGAACUAAAGUAGAGUAGUAAUAGUGCAAGGUAAGAGUUAAUGCGGGAAAACUCGAGAGUGUUCGCUAAUUUCUUUAUUUCCCUCGAAUUAGAUUGAGUCCUGCGAGGCUCGGAGAAAAAACACACGUUGCGUACCGAUUUGCAAGAAAUACUGAAAUCUUUGAAGCUGCUCAAACGCAACUACAAAACGGUGUUUUUAAUCGGGAACCGCAACAAACUUCAAAGAUUUCAUCCCGCGAAGGAAUGAAAACCUAACCUCCAAGGAAAAUGCCACGAAAACCCAACCAAGAGUCGGCCAGUUGUCAGAAAUGCGAGAGACCCGACAGCGCAGAGGACAUGGUCGGAUGCGAUAAGUGUAACGUGUGGCAACACUUUGGAUGUGCUGGCGUAGCAGAUUCAAUUGCCGAUACGAAACGAUCCUGGACGUGCGAGAAAUGCCGAGAGGAAGCCCUAAAAGACCCGGCUUCCAGAAUAUCGGUUUACACAUCCGCGUCAAGUAAGAAGUCUCGUCAAGCGAAGCUGCGGUUGGAGCUAUUGGAACAACAAAACCAGCUCAAAAUGAAGAAGCUCGAGGAAGAAGAGAAAUAUCUCAAGGAGAAGUUCGAGAUCUUGAUGCAGCUCGAAGACGACGAUGAUUCGGUGAGCGAAAGGAGUAAUGUCAGUGCGCAUUCGAAACAGAAGAGAUUGGAGAAAUGGCUCGAUGAAGAUGUGAUGGUCACAGCCACGGAAGCGGAAGUGCAGUUUGCUCCCAACGCGAGAACAGUGGCUUUUCCUACCUCUGAAACACAGUCGGUUUCGAGGAAGUUGGAGAACUUUCGCAACGGACCAAACGCAGCUUCUACCCCGAAUAAUCCUAAUUUGGCGUUAGCAAUUCCCACCACCAGUUAUCGAAGCACUCCUAUUGCAGCCCCUCGAGCAACACGACGACCUGUGGCAACGAUGUGUGUACUACAAAAUCAACUUUGCGACCGAUCAUUCACUGGUUUCGAGGAGGAGCAAGCAAGCGACACCGCUCAGAGCGCAUUAUCAAGGCGAGCUUCUAAUUCGGUGACGAUUCCAACGAUGGCUACCAUGAAUGCAACGGUGCAGUCGCCGAUGCCUUACAAAAACGAGCCAUCUACAAAAGUAACCCCUCCACGGAUCGGCCUUCCUGCUGCAUCCCGACCGGAUACCGAGUAUGUCAAGUAUCAUGCCAACCCGACGGCGUCAUUUCUCCCCUUCCCCUCGGGACAAAUGUUCGUGGGUGCCGAUUGCGCAGUGGAACCACCUUCACCCCCUGCGAGAACUCGAGUGGAUCCAGUUCUGCCGUGGGAUCACCAGCCCGCAAAACAGAACCCAUACGAAGCUGCCUUGAUUCAUCAACCAACACCAACGUCGACUCAACUAGCAGCCCGACAGGUCAUGCCGCGGGAUCUACCCGUGUUCACGGGAAGCCCGGAAGAGUGGCCAAUAUUCUACAGCAGCUACAAAAACUCGACGGAAGUUUGUGGCUACAGCGAUGCCGAAAAUCUCGCUCGGCUCCAGCGCUGCUUACGGGGAAACGCCCUCGAGGCUGUCAGAAGUCGCUUGCUGCUACCGAGCUCCGUCCCGUACAUCAUCGACACACUUCGAAUGCUUUUCGGACGGCCUGAAGCCCUGAUAAAUUCAUUGCUUAGGCGCGUGCGUUCCUGUCCUCCACCGAAAGCAGACAACCUUAAGUCCAUAGUCGACUAUGGGCUCGCUGUGCAAAACAUGAUUGAUCACAUGAUUAUCUCCGAACAACUAAAUCAGCUCAACAAUCCGAUGCUCCUCAAUGAACUUGUCGACAAACUGCCCACAAGUCUGAAAUUGCAGUGGGGUGCCUACAAACAAUCACAAGCUGAUGUCAACCUGGCGACUUUCAAUCAUUUCGUUGCGAAUCUAGUAGGACUGGCGUCCGAUCUAAUGAUCAGUUCCGAAUCAUUCCAUGGUUCCCCAAAAGUCGCGGCGAAUCGCUACGAGAAAAACAAGGAAAAGUUGUUCGUUCACUCACAGCAACCGGCCAACGACGUCGAUGAGACCGAAACCUGCCCAGACGUCAAUUCAGGUCACCCAUCUAAAAUGUGUAUCUACUGCGAAGAGGAGGCUCACCAGAUAGCAUCGUGCCAAUUGUUCAAAAACCUGACUAUGGAUGCUCGCUGGAAAGUUGUACGCCAAAGGAACCUCUGUCGAACCUGUUUGGUGCCUCAUCGUAAAUGGCCAUGUCGAUCGAAAAAGGAGUGUGGUAUUCGAGGUUGCCAAUCGCGUCACCACCAGCUUCUGCAUGGUCAGUACACACCGCCAGCCGAAACAGUUCCAGCCCAAGCUUCGGUUCCUAGUCCCAGUCGAGAAGGCCACCAGAACCAUCACGGCGGUAUGCCGUACACGUUGUUCCGAUACGUGCCGGUUAAGCUCUCCGGAAAUGGGAAAUCUGUAGAUAUUUUCGCAUUCCUAGAUGAAGGAUCUAGCACAACAAUGCUCGAGACAGAAGUUGCCGAGCAACUCGGUAUUGAAGGGCCCUCCGCGUCAUUGUGGUUAUCCUGGACCGGUAAAAUUUCAAGAGAGGAAAAGGAUUCUAAAUGCAUCUGUGUAUCCAUCGCCGGGCAAAAGUCAACGAAACAGUACACUAUCGAGAAUGUACACACCGUAGACGAAUUGAACCUUCCACAGCAAUCGUUCAACUAUGAAGAGCUGUGCACUCGAUAUCCGCGCAUGAAAGGAUUGCCCCUGGAAAGCUAUUCGGCUAUUACUCCUCGAAUGAUAAUCGGCUUAGAACAUGUGCGGCUGCUUACGGCACUGAAGACAAAAGAAGGCGGAGCGCUCGGUCCAGUGGCUGUCAAAACAAGGCUGGGCUGGUGCGCAUUUGGAAAGGAAGCAGAAGGCGUGAAUCAAUCAGGGCAGAUACAUUACCAUAAUGCGACAGAUCCGGAUGACAGCAACCAAUCAUUUCACGACUUAAUGAGGACCUACUUUGCAGUCGAGGAGAGCACUGUCACCAAAGGACUGGACAGCGUAGACGACCAGCGUGCGCUUAACAUUCUACGACGUACCACUGUCAAAUUGGAUUCCAACUAUGAGGCAGGUCUGAUAUGGAAAGUAGAUGAUCCGACAUUCCCAGAUAGCCUGCCGAUGGCGAAGAGUAGGCUAAAAGGACUAGAAAGACGUCUUGCACGUGACCCAACGCUGGCGGCAAAAGUGCAGGAGCAGAUCGAGAGUUACCUUCGCAAGGGCUAUGCGCACAAAUUGACGUCAGAGGAACUAUCGUAUACGGAUCCCCAUAGGGUAUGGUAUCUCCCUUUAGGAGUCGUCGUUAGCCCUACAAAACCCGGAAAAAUUCGUCUCAUCUGGGACGCCGCGGCGAAGGUGAAUGGCGUCAGCCUCAAUGACCUCCUACUUAAGGGGCCGGACCUACUCGUUCCAUUGGUAGCGGUUAUUUUACGAUUCAGGGAGCGAAACAUUGCGAUCAGUGGAGAUAUAUCCGAAAUGUUCCACCAGAUCAGCAUUAGGAAACAGGACAGGAACUUUCAACGAUUUUUGUGGAGGAGCCCGAAUGGAGAAAUCGAGACCUACGUUAUGGACGUCGCCACCUUCGGCGCAUCCUGUUCGCCGUGUACUGCUCAGUUUAUUAAAAAUCAAAACGCAGAAGGAUUUUCGCAAACGUUCCCCAGAGCUGCAAGUGCUAUCACUAAGAGUCAUUAUGUCGAUGACUUCCUCGACAGCACGGACACAGUGGAGGAAGCUAUCCAGCUUGUGAACCAAGUAAAGGUCAUACACCGAGAGGCAGGAUUCGACAUCAGGAAGUUCAAGUCAAACGCUCCGGAAGUGCUCGUCGCGGCAGAUGAAGCGAACAUGUCUGCUGAGAAGUCCAUCAACUGCGAAAAGCACACAGUCUCCGAUCGGGUACUUGGACUCGUAUGGAACCCCACCGAAGAUGUUUUCUCGUUCGACGUGUCAAGCUUAAUUGUGGAAAGGAUUCUCAGUGGAGGAGUAAUCCCAACGAAACGCCAAGUUCUUCAAGUGGUGAUUGUCGUAUUCAUCAUAAAAUAA